CCUCUCCCUUUGGCCUCGGCGGCGCGCGCGGCGGUGGCUGGUGCUGCUGGCGUCGGGGUCGCGCUUCCCUUGGCGCAUCCUUCCUUUCCUUCCUUCCUUCCUUUCCUUCCUUCUUUCCUUGCUUGCUUGCUUCUCCGCCGGGCAAGGACUGGCGAUGGCGCCGAGCCGCCCGCUGCUGGCGCAGUGCGUGUGCUCCUUCUUCGCCUUCCUCUUCUCCUUCAUCGUGGUGGUGCCUCUCUCGGAGAACAGCCGCGACUUCCGCGGGCGCUGCCUUCUCUUCGCCGAGGGCCUCUGGCUCAGCGCCAACCUGACGGCGGAGCGGCAGCGCUUCACGGUCCAGGAGUGGGGGCCCGAGCCCGCCUGCCGCUUCGGCCUCGCCGCCGGACUCCUCUCCCUCCUCCUCGCCGCCGCCCAGGCCUGGCGGAGCCUCUUCUUCCUCUGCAAGGGACACGAGGACUCUUUUUUCUAUGCCUUCCUGAAUCUACUGGUCAGCGCCUUUGUGGUAUUUAUCAUCUUUAUUGCCAGCACUAUUGUGACUGUUGGCUUCAACAUGUGGUGUGAUGCUAUUACUGAAAAAGGAAGCAUGCCAAAUAGCUGUGAAGAAUUACAGGAUAUAGAUCUUGAGCUGAAUUUAGAAAACUCAGCAUUCUAUGAUCAGUUUGCCAUCACACAGUUCGGUCUCUGGGCUGCCUGGCUAACCUGGCUAGGAAUUACAAUUUUGGCUUUUUUGAAGGUUUAUCACAACUACAGGCAGGAAGACCUUCUGGAUAGCCUGAUUCAUGAGAAGGAGCUUUUGCUAGGACGAUCCUCUUCACGAACUUCUUUCCAGGAGGAGAAAAGUGGCAUGAUCUAAUGGGCAGAUAACACCACUAGUUUACCCAGCAGGUUUUAGGUUUUGUAAUUAGACUGUGAGGAUUUGAAAAAAUAUUAUUGACAUGCUUUUGAAAGCUUUAAGAAAAGAAAGGGAAUCUGAUAUCUUUAGGAAUGUCCCAACUGAUGCAACCCAUAAGGAUGGUUCACUGAGGCAUGUUCAUCUCAUGUAAUUGCUGGACAAGUUUCUUUCAAAUAUUCAAACUAUAUGUCCAAUAAAAGGUAUUCUGUUAUUGUUGGCAUAAGGUAUAUCUGAGGAUUAAUUCAUGAUUACUCAUUUACACAUGCAACCCCUGCAUUGAUACUACAGUUAAGUUGUGAUGAACAUCUACACGUGAACCAAUCCAUAAACAGUAAACUGUGUACAAUUCUUUGAUAAAAUUUCAUAAUAUUGUCAUAAUCAGUUUGCUUACUUUU